AUGCAUACCAAUUCACAAUGGUGGGCUAAAAGCCAAAUUACCUUCUUGGUUGCGGGGAAUGGUGGUGGUGGCAUCAAUGGUGGUAGUAGUGGUGGUGGGAAUGGCGAUGGUGGCGGUAGUGGUAGUGAUGGUUGUGACAAUGAUGGUAGUGAUGACAAUGGUGGAGGUUGUGGUGGCAAUGGUUGUGGUAAUUGUGGUGGCAAUGGCGGCAUCAAUGGUGGUAAUGAUGGUAGUAGUGGUGGUGGCAAUGAUGGUGGUGGCGGUGGUGACAAUGAUGGUAGUGAUGACAAUGGUGAAGGUUAUGGUUAUGGCGGUGGUGGUGACAAAAAUGGUGAUUGUAGUGGUGAUGAUGGUGUAAGGUUAGUAUUGUAG